AUGGGUCGGUUCAACAACGAAACCCUGGAGGUGCAAGAGUUAAGGAUUGACAUGCUCGUGAGCAUCCUCAUUCACGGGCUCAGGAAGAGCUCUUUCGCAUCCGCCCUCGCACGAGAUCCGCCCGUCGAUGUCGAGCAAUUGAUGGCGCUAGCAGAGAAAUAUAUCGACGAAGAGGAGAUGAACGCGAUGAAAGACUCAGAACGAAGGGAGCGAGAGUACAUCCCUAGGCGACCUCAAGAGGGCAGGGGAGGAGGAAAUGACAAGCCUAAAACAGAGAAACGGAAGGAACCCAAGUAUGUUCCGAAGUACCACGAUUACACUCCUUUAGCCAUGUCUCGAGAGAAGGCCCUGAUGAUGGUAGAGAAUGCCGAUGUGCUGAAGUGGUCAAGACACACGAGAUACACCCCCUCCAAGAAAACUUCUAACAAAUACUGUCGUUUCCACCGAGAGAGGGGACACAAUACAGAGGAAUGCUAUCAGCUGAAGGAUGAUAUCGAAAGGCUUGUUAGGCAGGGGCAUUUCCGAGAUCGCGUGCCCCCAAAUUGUAAAAUCGGUGGGGAAGGAAGGAGGAGCAGAUCGAGAAGCCGUGAUCGCGACAGAAACCCGGGCCCAUCAAAAACCGACAGGGCCCCGAUGGGCAGGAACAACGCUCCCACCAAGGGCGUUAUAUACACGAUUGUGGGAGGACCGACCGCGGGAGAUUCGAGCUGA